AUGUCACAUUUCAUAUGCACAAGACCCACUCUAUCUAUCUCUCUUGUACACACAGGGUUCUGGAAACCUCCUUCUUCUUUAAUGGUUUUUCUUCUCUUAUAACAAUUUUUGUCAUCUUUUUUUCAUUAUUAUAAUACACACUCUCUUUACCGAUCUUGUCUUUUCUUUUACUCACGGUUGAGACUGCAGUUAGGGGAAUUCUGGUACACUUCAAGAAGCUAUUCCUGUAGGUUGAUUGAUUGAUUGAUACAUAGCUUUAUUAGAAGUUUGUGAUUGGAAGAAAUCUUGAAUUGAGAAAAUGAGUUGCAUAUGUGAUUUUUGUGGAGUUCAAAAAUCCAUUGUGUAUUGCCGAUCUGAUGCAGCAUGUUUAUGUUUAUCAUGUGAUCGAAAUGUACAUUCAGCUAAUGCCUUGUCCAAACGUCAUUCAAGGACCCUAUUAUGUGAAAGAUGUAAUUCACAGCCGGCGUUAGUUAGAUGUGCUGAAGAGAGGGUCUCUCUUUGUCAGAGUUGUGAUUGGCGCGGUCAUGGAACCUCUACAUUGGCUUCUGCACAUAAGAGGCAAACGAUCAACUGUUAUUCUGGCUGCCCUUCAGCUUCUGAACUGUCUUCAAUUUGGUCAUUCGUUUUAGACUUUCCAUCUGUCGGUGAAUCUGCUUGUGAGCAGGAAUUAGGUUUGAUGAGUAUUACUGAUAACAGCAUGAAGAAUACCUGGGGCAAUAAUGAAGAUACUAUCACCCAAAAUGCAUCAGGUGGUGGUGUUGAGACUAAUAAUAUGCGUGAUGCUGAUAAGUCAAGUGUUUGGGUUGGGUCUUCGUCCAUGCCUGGACUUAACUCUUCAACACAGAAUCUUGAACAAGCGCCUGGAUCAGCUAAUAAUGCAUCUUCGCCCAAGUUAUGCUGUCCUGGAACAAAAGUUCUUGCCUUCUGUGAAGAUGAUGAUCUCUAUGAGGACUUCAAUAUGGAUGAAAUGGAUUUGAAUCUUGAGAAUUAUGAAGAACUCUUUGGUGUAACUCUUAAUCAUUCAGAGGAGCUUUUUGAAAAUGGGGGGAUUGACAGCUUAUUUGGGGCAAAGGAAAUGUCUGCUGCAGAUUCCAACUGCCAGGGUGCUGUUGCUGCUGAGGGCUCAUCAAUUGGACUUGUAAACACAAUGCAGCCAGCAUGCAGCAAUGCAGCAUCUGCUGAUUCCAUGGUUAGUACAAAAACUGAACCUAUAAUUUGUUUCACGGGAAAGCAAGCACCCUCAAGCCUCUCUUUUUCUGGCCUUACUGGUGAGAGUAAUGCUGGUGAUUAUCAAGAUUGUGAUUCUUCUUCAAUGCUUCUCAUGGGGGAGCCUCCAUGGUGUCCUCCCUGUCCUGAGACUUCCUUUACAUCAGCAAGCCGUAGUGAAGCAGUCAUGCGUUACAAGGAAAAGAAGAAGACACGCAAGUUUGACAAAAGAGUUAGGUAUGCCUCUCGCAAAGCAAGGGCUGAUGUCAGAAAACGUGUGAAGGGGCGCUUCGUCAAAGCUGGUGAUGCUUAUGAUUAUGAUCCUCUCAACCAUACCAGAAGCUGCUGAGUACAAUUUUUAACCAUUCUUUAAAAAGGAAAGAAACAAGGAAUGUUUAGUUGAAAAGCGUCAGUUAUUAUUGCCUAAGUAAUGGAUGACUUGAUGCAUGUUUUUACUGUGAAAUGACAAAACUGCAUGGUUGUAUCUCAGGGCCUAGGUUCUUAUGAGGAGAAAGGGGUGGAUGUAAAAAUAUCCGCUUUCCAAUGCGUCAACAAUAAAAUUCAAGUGCAGAUGGCUGAUUCCCCUUACCAUAAAAGAUGGAUGGAUCAAUACAGAUUCUGACCAGAGUGCUUGAGGCUAUGCGAUAUAAUCAUUUCCACUAUGUCUUUGGGCAAGUUCAUCUGCCCAAUUCUUUACUAGGAGGAGGAUGUUUGUUGCUGCUUCAGUCAUAUCUAUGCUUCCUUGUUCACUAUCUCUACUGUUAAUCUUUCUUCUACUUGUUUGCACUCUGGCGCGUCUAUAAAGGAACUACCAUGGUGGGCAGCCGAUCUCACAGUUGCCAAGUCUGGGGCAAAAAGCUUGAUAGCUGUAGUUUUAACUCUUGUUUUUCAUUUAACAUGUAUAGCAAUAGAAUCUAUAUAUGCAGUUGAGAGAGAGUAUUAAUGCCUGGUCGGAGAGCAGGGAUGAAGCUGGGCAAAGAACUAUUCUGUUUGGUUUUUCAUGGACGUGUAUAGCUCAUGAUAUAAUUGUAUAUGCAUAUUUAAGAGGAUGAGGAUGUAGCCUUUGUUAUUUUUGUUUUUACUUGCCAUCACUAAAGGAUUACUUACUGUAAUAAAAUGCUACGAUUUGUAGCUAUUAUUACUU